UAAAGUCAAAUCACUGUUCGUUUCAUACUAAACUAAAUUUAAUUUGCCUAACUAGUAACUUUGUACUUUAUUUACAUCCUCUUUGUUGGUUUGUUUUGGUCUUGUUACCGGUGUUGGACCUACUUUAAACCGAAUUAGUUUAAAUAUUACAAUAAUUAUAAUUUGAGGAAAAAAACAGUAAAACACACUAAAUAGCUCUUAAAACAUUUACUUAGAAGUAGUCUAAAUCUUGUGGUUUUAGGACUUUAGCGACGAAUACCAAAUUUAAAAAUGGUUUAAAGUUUGAAAAAGGAUUAACUGCGUUCUGCAUUAAUAGAUUACUUUCAUAGUUCCUAAAAAGAAUUAAAAUGGCAAAGGCUGAUAGCGGUAAUAGAAACCGAGGUGACAAUCUCAAUGUGGAUUUCAUGCGAUCUCUAGUGAAACAAUAUUCUGAAUUAGGUCAAUGGACAAGUGCAUUCUUUUGGGCCGAUGCAGCAGCAGCAUCAAGUGGCACAGAAGCAGCAAGUGGUGAUGACAUUUGGCUAUUAUCAAGUGCAAUGCUGUCUAGAGGAGAACUGCACAGAGCUGCACAUGCUGUUACUUCGAGAGGGUUGCACAUGAGUCAUCUGCUAUGUCUGGGUGUAGCAAUGAGAGCUUUUGUAGCAGCAAAGGAGCCGUCAACAGCACUCAAUCUAAUGGACGAAUGUUACCCUUCCCUCUUGGAGCCUCGUAACAUGGAUCAGACACAUAACAGAGCGUUGUCCGGGGUGUUGGUGACUCAGGCACGCGCGCUCACCGCGUUGGAGCGACGAGAUGCUGCCGUAGAAGCUCUGAAGACAGCGUUGAGAGCUGAUGUGGCUUGCUAUGAGGCUUUAGAUCUGUUGCUGGAACAACACGCGCUUACACCUGCUCUAGAAAAAGAACUUAUACAAUCACUCCCAAUAAACAACCAGCUGAAUGCAUCCGAAGCGGCGUUGCUGCGCGCGGCCUAUAGAGAGAGAGUGCUGCGAUACGCACCGCUACCAACGACACCCCAGGAGGGAGAGCCAGCGGUUCCUGCUGCGGUAGAAGUGUCUCGCUCCCGCAGCGUGACGGGGGCGGAGGCCCGCGGGCGCCAGCUGGCGGCAGCAGGGGACUGGUCCGAGGCCCUAAAGGCCCUGGACGAGGCGGGCCCCUGGGCGUGUCCCGACGUGAGGACGGCCUGCCUCGUGGAGCUGAAGAAGUCGACCGAACUGUUCGCCUUCGCGCACACCUUGGUGGACGCCUACCCGCAGAGCUGGGCGGCGUGGUACGCCGUCGGCUGCUAUUAUUACCUGAUAGGUAAGCGGGACUUCGCGCGACGGUAUUUAAGCAAGGCGUGCACGCUGGAGGCGAGCGCAGGCUGCGUGUGGCUCACGUACGGACACAGCUUCUCGGCGGACACGGAGCAUGACCAGGCGAUGGCGGCCUAUUUCAAGGCGAGUCAGUUAAUGUCGGGCAGCUACCUGCCGCCACUGUACGUGGCCGUGGAGUGCUCCAUCCUCAACAAUGUUAACAUGUGCAAGAGGUUCCUCACCAGGGCGGCCAUACUACACUGCAGCUCGAAGCAAUGGAUGGAGACUGGGAUGAACGAGACAGAGCUGGAGAAUAAGAGCUCUUGGGAACAACUGGCUCGGCUGGUGAGUUCUGCGGACAUCGCGCACGAAGCCGGCGUGGCCGCCUUCCACGCCGGGGACUACGUGGACGCACGUGUGCUGUGGCUGAAGGCACUUGACCUGGCCGGGCCCGUAGACAAGAUGAAGCCGUGCUGGGCGAGCACGCUGGACGCGCUGGGGCACGCGUGCCGCAGGCUGAAGUGCUACCACGAGGCCGAGUACUGGCACGAGCGGGCGCUGGCGUUGCGGCCCGCGCGGGCCGAGUCGCUGGCGGGGCUGGCGCUGGCGUUGGCGCUGCAGGGACACGUGGCGCGCGCGGGGGACGUGCUGCACGCGGCGCUGGCCCGGGAGCCCGCGCACGGAGUGGCCGCCGGGCUGCUGGAGCGGGUGCUGGACACACACGACGCCGAGCUGACAGCUGAAGAGAUCCCGCAGUUCCCGUUCCCGGCGGUCACCAUCGCCCCGCUCCCCGCCGCCACCCCGGAACUACCGCCCGCGACGCCCAGCGCGCGUGACGUCACCGUCAACUCGGACAUGAGCAUGAGCUUCGAUUGACUCUACGCACCAGCUUUGAAAUAUCCGAACAUAUGUACAUACAGAUAACGCGCCAGUUGAAUGAAUAUGAAUGCGAUAGUGCUGUGAACUGGGUGGCGAUAAAUUUACUAUAUGAAGGCACGCGAGGUGAGGCGUGCGGACAGCGGGUGAGACGUUGCCGCUCUGUACCUCUGACGUCGGUCGAGCGUACCGCGUGCGACACGCGCUGACCAUGUUACGUUCAGUGCUCAGCUGACAGCUUGAUUGCGCGUGUAUUUGUAACCUCUUUUAUAUGUGCCUACUACUUGCGCAAACGAUUACGGAAUAAAAGACGGAGAAGAUGUCAUGUUUAUCCAAUUAUUUUAGAACGUCUUAUUGAAAGAGAAUUUACAAUAUUUUCAAAAUUGUCGGAACAUAAAUUUUAUUUUACAAUUUUUGAUUACGAUGUUACGCACGCCCGUAUGGUCGGUCGCUCGGUCAUCGUCGCACUGAACGCACUAAUUUAUCAUCAUUGCGUGUCAGCAAACCGACGUCUAAUGAAUCGAUUCUCGUCAGUCCGACGUAGCUGUACGCGCGUCAUCGGCGAUGGACUGAACGCGAUCAUAUGUUUUAAUUGUAUAACAAGGAAAACAUCUUUCAAGGCUUCACUAUCGGUCGAGCACUGACUCCAUUCUGUAAUUCUUAAAUUAAAUUGAGUAAAUUUGUAACGUUCUGGUUUUUGCAUUUCAAUAACCGAUAAAUGGAAUAUUUUGGUGAUCUUUUUUCAAAUCUGUAUUUUACUUUAAUCUAUGUGGGAUGACGUAUUGAUAUUUUUAGUUUUUAAUUUGUAUGAAUGUGACAUAUUAGCGAUUCUGUUUUAUAUGGAUUUGGAAAUUGAGAUCAACAUAUUAAAUCUGUAUUCAAAAUAA